UUGCGAGUAACCAGACUCGGACAAUGAAUGGCAACUUCGCGGCUUUGGGAUAAACUUUCCAGUCCGCUGUCGUGCUGCUUCUGCUUCACCCCAAAUCUUCUCCGCUUCAUCUUCCCCCCGUCCGGCUUCUGUGCUCAGUUUAUCUGUUCAAUUUCAUCGAAGGAACAUGUUGCCCCGCGAGUUUGGGAAAUGGGUGUUCGUCUUCCUCGUCCUAUCUCCCACCGUCUUCAACCCAUCCGUGUCCGGACUCGAUAUUCGUUGGGCUUCGAAGAAGCGGCACAUGAGAGAAAAAGUCCGCGAGAUGUUUUACCAUGCAUAUAACAACUACCUGACUUAUGCAUUUCCGCAUGAUGAGCUAAAGCCUCUUACUAAGAGUUUCACUGACUCCCUUAGUGAGCUCGGAAAUCUAAAUCUUGAACAUUUACCGCAAGACUAUACUGGAUCAGCCCUUACGCUAAUUGAAUCAUUAUCCAGCCUUGUUAUUUUGGGUAACAACACCGAGUUUGGAAGGGCAGUUCUAUGGCUUUCUGAAAAUCUAACAUUCGACGUUGAUGCAAGGAUAAAUCUUUUUGAGUGCAACAUAAGAGUUCUUGGAGGGCUUGUUUCUGCUCAUAUUCUUGCAACUGAUUCUACGAACAGGUUUCUUCAAGGAAAUUACAAGAAUCAGCUGCUUAUUCUGGCUGAAGAUUUAGGGCAGCGUUUUUUACCUGCAUUUAGUACGCCCACUGGAUUGCCUUAUGCAUGGAUUAACUUAAAGUAUGGAGUCAUGGAGAAUGAGACAACUGAAAGUAGCACAUCUGGGUGUGGUUCACUGAUUCUUGAAAUGGGAACACUAUCACAAUUAACUGGUGACCCCAGAUAUGAAGCUGUAGCAUUGCGUGCUCUUCGUAAGCUAUGGAGUAUGCGAAGUUCAUUGAAUUUAUUAGGAACUACAUUGAAUGUUUCAACUGGGGAAUGGAUAGAAUAUUCAUCCGGCAUUGGAGCUGGGGUUGAUUCAUUCUAUGAGUAUCUAAUGAAAGCCCACAUUCUUUUUGGAAAAGAGGAAUUCUGGAGAAUGUUUCAUUCAGCUUAUCUUGCUGUGCAGAAAUAUUUCAGACACGGCUCAUGGUAUCAUGAAGCUGAUAUGAGGACAGGAAGAGCAACUUAUUGGCAACUUACAAGCCUUCAAGCAUUUUGGCCUGGUCUACAGGUCCUUGUUGGGGAUAUUUCUGCUGCUAAUUUGUCGCAUCGUGAGUUUUUUCAUGUAUGGGAGAGGUUUGGAGUACUGCCAGAAAGGUAUCUGCUGGAUUAUCAAAUGUUGCAUCCUACAGAGAAAUAUUAUCCUUUGCGUCCUGAAUUGGCAGAGUCCACAUUUUACCUUUAUCAAGCAACCAAAGAUCCAUGGUACAUCAAAGUGGGUGAAUCAAUUGUCAAGUCUCUUAAUUUAUACACUAGAGUUGAAGGCGGAUUUGCAAGCAUUAAAGAUGUGACAACCAUGCAAUUGGAAGAUCAUCAACAUAGUUUUUUCCUUGCAGAAACGUGUAAAUAUUUAUAUCUUUUAUUUGACGAUUCAUUUUUGGCUGAUCGGAAUUAUGUGUUCACAACCGAGGGUCAUCCUCUUCCCGUUUUAAGUUCUUGGCAGGAAAAGCUUCCAGAAGCAUACAUUCUAUCCAACUGGACUUCUAUCAAGAGGGAAAGGCAAGGAAGGCAAGCAAGUGCCAUGUCUCUGCAAGUUUGUCCAGCUAAUUUGAAGUUGAAAGAUGGUGGCAAACAGGUUGAGAGUGCUUGCCAUGUACCCGAUGCUUUUGCUGACCACAGGUGUAUAAAUGAUGAUGACUGUGGAGUUGACUCAACCACUUGUAGGCGAAGAUCAUGCAGCAUGGCUGGCUACUGCGGGCUAUGGUUGUUGAUUUGAUACAUAUUCCUUCCACCUUGGUUGUUGAUUUGAUAUCCUUACACCUCAGAUUCUUUCUGCCACAGAAGAAAUAAAUUUGAAGUCCCAUGGUGUACUGGAAAGCUAUGCUAGCGUGCAAAGAUAAUUUCAUUAUGCUGACCAGUAUGCAAGCCAGCAUCAACAAGAACAGCAACAUAAACUACUUAUCACCCAGUGUGCAAGACAGGCUCCUGCUCCGCAUCAUAUGGCAUGAAUCUGUGCGCUGUAGGCUUGGGUCUAGCACACUUACAAUUGAUAGGAUAGAGGUAUGUAAUCUGACACUGAUAUUUAAUUAUAUACGAAAGGAGAAAGGAUUGGUUUUGUACAUUUGCAAGGUUCCUGUGAAGUACAGAAAUUUUGUAAAAUUGAAUAAUGUGCGAGUACUAAACCUGCUGAUGGCAACUAUUACAUGUUUUAUUGAAAAAGCGAUCCAUGUAUCUUUUUUAACCACCACCUCCCCUAAAAGCGUUGCUAUAGUGGGUGUAGCUUUAUCAAGGUGAAUGAAAUCAAUCUGUUCAUUGUUUCAAUCA